AUGCCGCACGGUCGUGGGUUUGUUAUCAUCAAGAAUGAGACGGCUGUUCCUGAGAUGCCAAAGUUCAAUGCGACCAUGAGUGAGUACAAGGGAGUAAUAUCGGUCUUCCACCAGCUCCAUUGCGUGUGGGCUACUCGGGAGGCCUUCUUUCGGUUACUGCGUGAUGGCAAUUCGACUGAGAUCGACCUUGGACACCUUGGUCAUUGUUGGGACUUUGUCAGACAAGCCAUUCAGUGUCGUGCUGACACCACCAUCGAGUGGCAGGUGUCAGAUGAGCUCUCUGGAAGCCUGGGAUGGGGCUACCAACAUCAGUGCUAUGAUUAUGACGCCCUGCUUGCCUGGGCUGAAGAGCACAGGUGGGGUGAUGAACAGAGUAUUCACUAA